UUGAGCACAAACAAAACGCGCUUAGACAUCUCUCGCAACAGAACCGCCGCUGGUAACGUGUCCGAAAAUUCCAUUGAAAGCGAAAUGAGUCACAAAUUCAUUGGUGCCUGCCUGCUGCUGAGCUGCCUGGUCGCCUCUGUCCACAGUGCUGCCAAGGUGCCCAUUGCCAUUUACUACGAGUCCCUGUGCCCGGACAGCGCCAAGUUCAUUACGGAGCAGCUCUAUCCGGCCGUAAAGGGGGAGCUGCGCGAUGUGGUGGAUCUCACUUUUGUGCCGUUCGGCAAGUCCCAGUUCUUCACGCAGGGCGCCGAGGUGACCUUCACCUGCCACCAUGGACCGAACGAGUGCUACGGCAACAAGGUGCAUGCCUGCGCCAUCGAGCACAUCCAAGCCAACUCCUACCAGAUUGAGUACACGCGCGAGUCGCUGACCCUCGACUUCAUCAACUGCCUGAUGCGGGCCGGCAAGAACUUCCCGGACAACGUGUACCCCGGCCAGCGCUGUGCCACCGAGAACCACAUCAACAACUGGGAGAACAUCAAGACCUGCGCCAACUCCACCGAGGGCAAUCAGCUGCUUCGCAAGGCCGGCGAAACCACCCAGCGCCUCAAGGACCCGCUCGCCAGCGUGCCCAGCGUACUCUUCAACGAGCAAUUCGAGAAGAAGGUCAACGAGCGUGCCCAGGUCAACUUCGUUGGCACCCUCUGCCAGUACGUCUCGGCGCCCCAGCCCCGAAUCUGCGCCCAGCACAAUGCCGCCGCAGCUCCUGGCCUGGCCAGCGUAAGCGCCAUCCUAAGCUCCCUGCUGGGUCUUUGGUUUAUCCGCUCCUUCUACUAAGCUGUCUGAAUCUACAUCUACAUCUGAAUCUCAAACUGCAUCUGCUUCCUCCCCAACUUCCGUCCAAUGGGGAAUCUCAAUGCCUUAUCAUUUGUAUUUUCUCUUUAUUUCUGUUUACUGGUUUGCUUCCAGGACAAUUGAAACUCAAGCCGUCCAAUCGUCCAGCUCGAAUAUAUCAGUAUAUCAAAGAUCCAAUUUAUUUUGCAG